CGUGCAGCGCUCUUCCUGUGGUGUCGUAAUCUAGCAAGCUGAGGCUUUAUUCUUUUAUUUUUUAUUUAUUUAUUUAAUUAUUGUUAUUUUUAAAAAAUUUAACGUCAGAUCAAGUUUGACCAGCACUGGCCUGCCGCGACGGAUCCAAUCAGAGUUCAGAUCAGCUUCAUCUUCCCCCACCACCCCUCCCUCUCCGUCUCUUUCUCUGCCUCUCUUUCUUAGUUGCAAAAAAAAAAAAAUAGAAAAAUGUUCUGCAGCUGGGCUGCACCUCAAUGAAUGAAUUGGUGCACUGUGCACAGCCACCACCAUCUACCCACUGGAUUUCCAUUUAUUCCCGGCAUCCAUCCCGAACAUAUGAAUCUGCUUAGACAGAGCCUUUUAAGGAGUUGAAAAGAUCAGGUCGGAGAAAAUGGCACAACGCGUGGUUUUCUUUUUGCUGUGGCUCUUUGACCAGACCUCAGCCGGAUUUCCGAAUCAGAUUAACAUCGGGGGACUGUUCAUGCGAUCCACGGUGCAGGAGCACAGCGCGUUCAGGUUUGCUGUCCAACUCUACAACACCAACCAGAACACCACCGAGAAGCCCUUCCACCUCAACUACAACGUCGACAAUCUCGAGUCGUCCAACAGCUUCUCGGUCACCCAUGCAUUUUGCUCCCAGUUCUCCCGUGGGGUGUACGCCAUCUUCGGAUUCUACGACAAGAAGUCCAUGAACACCUUGACCUCCUUCUGCGGCGCUCUGCACACCUCCUUUGUCACGCCCAGUUACCCCACCGAUAACGAGGUGCAGUUUGUCAUCCAGAUGCGGCCGACCCUGAGAGGUGCUGUGCUCAGCCUGCUCUCCUACUACAAGUGGCAGAAGUUUGUUUACCUCUAUGACACCGAUCGAGGUUUUUCCAUCCUGCAGGCUAUUAUGGAGGCAGCAGUGGCCAACAACUGGCAGGUGACUGCUCGCUCUGUCAGCAGCACAACGAACGCAACAGAGUUCAAGCAAGUCAUUGAAGAGAUGGACAGGAGGCAGGAGAAGCGCUAUGUGAUCGACUGCGAGGUGGACCGUAUCGAUACUAUAUUGGAACAGGUUGUGACCGCAGGGAAGAACAGCCAUGGUUACCACUACAUUCUGGUCAAUCUUGGAUUUUCGAAUGUGAGUAUGGGCAAAGUCAUUGCUGGAGGAGCCAACAUUUCAGGGUUUCAGAUCGUCAACCCUGAGAACCCAAUUGUGCAGCAGUUCAAACAGCGAUGGGACCAGCUGGAUGAAAGAGAAUUCCCAGAAGCUCGCAACGCUCCUCUGAAGUACACCUCUGCUCUGACCCACGACGCCAUCCUAGUGAUAGCCGAGGCAUUCAGGUACCUCAGGCGCCAACGUGUAGACGUCUCUCGUCGAGGCAGCGCAGGAGACUGUCUGGCGAAUCCCGCCGUACCCUGGAGCCAGGGCAUAGACAUCGAGAGAGCUCUGAAAACGGUCCAGCUGCAGGGGAUGACUGGGAAUAUCCAGUUUGACAACUAUGGCCGCAGGACCAAUUACACAAUAGAGAUACAUGAAAUGAAAAAGGAUGGGCCAAAGAAGAUUGGCUGCUGGAACGAGUACACAGGAUUUGUAAAUAUUAUGGAUCCUCAGGUCAACAUCUCAGAGGAAAACCGAACCAUUGUGGUCACUACUAUUAUGGAAGCUCCUUAUGUGAUGUACAAGAAAAAUUAUAUGCAUCUGGAGGGGAAUGACAGAUAUGAAGGCUACUGCGUCGAUUUAGCAUCUGAGAUUGCCAAACAUGUUGGAAUUAAGUACAAACUGUCAAUAGUAAUGGACGGCAAGUAUGGAGCCCGAGACCCUGAGACCAAGACGUGGAACGGGAUGGUGGGUGAACUGGUCUAUGGGAGGGCAGAUAUAGCCGUUGCGCCUCUCACCAUUACUCUGGUUCGAGAGGAGGUGAUAGACUUUUCCAAGCCUUUUAUGAGCUUGGGCAUCUCCAUUAUGAUAAAGAAGCCACAAAAAUCCAAGCCUGGCGUUUUCUCCUUCCUGGACCCGCUGGCCUAUGAGAUCUGGAUGUGUAUAGUGUUUGCCUACAUUGGUGUGAGCGUGGUACUGUUCCUGGUCAGUCGGUUCAGCCCGUAUGAGUGGAACCUUGAGGAGCAGGAUGAGACCAAAGACCCCCAGACUCCCCCUGAUCCUCCCAAUGACUUUGGCAUCUUCAACUCUCUGUGGUUCUCACUGGGCGCCUUCAUGCAGCAGGGCUGCGACAUCUCUCCAAGGUCUCUUUCAGGGCGUAUCGUUGGUGGUGUUUGGUGGUUCUUCACCCUCAUCAUCAUCUCCUCCUACACUGCCAACCUGGCUGCCUUCUUGACUGUGGAGAGAAUGGUGUCACCAAUAGAGAGUGCAGAGGAUCUAGCAAAGCAGACAGAGAUUGCGUACGGCACUCUGGACUCAGGCUCGACAAAAGAGUUUUUCAGGCGAUCCAAAAUAGCGGUGUACGAGAAGAUGUGGUCUUACAUGAAAUCCGCAGAGCCCAAUGUGUUUGUGAAGACCACGCCAGAUGGCGUCGCCCGAGUGCGAAAGUCAAAGGGCAAGUUUGCCUUUCUCCUUGAGUCCACGAUGAACGAGUACAUCGAGCAGCGGAAGCCGUGCGACACCAUGAAAGUGGGAGGGAACCUCGACUCCAAAGGCUACGGUGUGGCGACGCCCAAAGGCUCAGCAUUAAGAAAUGCUGUUAACCUGGCAGUUUUAAAACUGAAUGAGCAAGGCCUCUUGGACAAAUUGAAAAACAAAUGGUGGUACGACAAGGGAGAGUGCGGCAGCGGGGGAGGUGACUCCAAGGACAAGACAAGUGCUCUCAGCCUAAGCAAUGUGGCAGGAGUCUUCUAUAUUCUGGUUGGAGGGCUGGGGCUGGCUAUGAUGGUGGCUCUGAUAGAGUUCUGUUAUAAAUCACGACAAGAAACCAAACGGCUAAAAUUGGCCAAGAAUACCCAGAAUUUUAAGCCGGCUCCCCCGACCAACACCCAGAACUUUGCCACAUACAGAGAAGGCUACAACGUGUACGGAACCGAGAGCGUUAAGAUCUAGAGGUUUACGAAACAUUUGAGCCGUCAUCUACAACUAAACUGACUAAACAUCUGUGAAAGGCACAGGACCACAGGGGUUUGUGCUUCAUGACAUGAUAAUCUGCAUUGACGACACGACUUGACUGGUCAUGGGAAAAGCCGAUGAGGUUUCCUCCGCCUCUCAGUGCCUUAUGGAACUCUGAGUCUAAACAAUGCAACUCGAUCACAACGAUAAUGCUUUUUUGCUUGAAACUCAUACGAAACAGAAGAAUGAUGCAGAGUUAAAACACACACAUUAUAUAUAUAUAUAUAUAUAUAUAUAUAUAUAUAUAUAUACAGUAUAUAUAUAGAAAGGAGAGAAUAAAGCCAUCAUUUACAACUCUAAGCACAUUUUGAAGUGCCAGAAAGACAAUGUAUAAUACAUGACAAUUGGUUUUCUUGUAAUCAAUAUGAUCAGAUUACUCAUCAUCCUUCUGCUGCCAGAUUUCCACUGGUUCAAUGUGCUAAAUUUAUUUUACUAGAUCUACUCAGUGCACUGUAGGACACUGGUUCUUAGAUAAUCGCUUUUUAUGCUGCUGUGAAUCCCUUCGAAUGACCAUGAACUUGAGGAGGAAAGAUCUGUUGCAUUGGAGCGAAGUGCUUGUCAAGCUCGAAACAAAGAUGCGUGUUGUUUGUACUUAGAACUCUGGUGCUGCUGCCAAUGUUGUCUUCGGGAAAGUCUGAUGGGACUCCGGAAGGAAGGAAGAAGAUGACAUGAAGCAGGACCUGAUUCCCACUUCCAAUACUGCCAAGAGUGUGUUUUGUAUGACGAUGAUUAUGUAGUCUGGCUAAAGAAAAUGCGUUUGGGAUAUAUACGAUUUGUAAAAUACCAAGGAGGUUUUGAUGCUCUGAAAAGUCUUUCCCUGAAACCUAGAUUAAUUCAAGUCUUCUUUAAAUCAAAGUAAAACCAAACAUAUGGGUACUUCAGUUGUGGAUUAACUGUAGUCCGAUUAAAGGCUUGCAGUAAAGUUUUUUUCUGUAUUUUUUUGUUUUCUUGGAUUUUAUGUCAAAUUGCACAUUUUCCAAUGAGCUGUGGUUUGCUUUCAAAAAUGAUUUUCUUCCAUGAAAAUUAAAGUGUUUAGUGAUUUUACUUAGUAAAUGAAAAAUAUAUAAAUACAACAACAACAAAAAAAUAGACUUUUUAUAAGAUGACACUGGGGCAUCUCCUGGAGCUUAGCACAUUUCCAUACUGCUGUAAUCAAUUGUGUUCUUUCAUAAAGACUGUGAUUCCAUAGGAUUUAGGAGGAUAUUUAUCUAAUUACCUAAAGCUAUGGGCAGAUAGUUUUAUAUUAAAAAAGAUACAAUGUGAAGACAAAUAAAGAGCAAGCAGGAGAGAUGUAUAUAUUUAGACAAAUGAGAAUUACUUAUUAACUUUAUGACAGAUUGGGUUUUCCCUUCUUACAUUAUUUUUUAUUUUUUUUCUAAAGAACUGCAUGUGAAAAUCAGUGAUGCUUGAUGAGCCCUGCUACGCACAAACUGAUCCUAGGUUUAAUGCUAGAAAUAAAGUCCUGAUUCUUUAAAAAGAAAAACUUGUUUGAAUUUGUUUUGAUUUUUAGUAGGUGUCACCUCCUGCAGAAAUAACCAGAUAAAAAAAAACAAGACAAACAAAUGAAAUCACCAAGCGUCGUAGUGGUUACAAAAGAUGCAUGCAUAAAUUGCUGAACCUCAUCGAAGGAGGUGCUGUACAAAGAAUUUUAAUACAUUUUUGUAAAUAAAAUGUACAGAAAGGUC